AUGUUCAAUUAUUAUGAUCUUGAUGAUAUCCUCUGUGAAAACACAAAAAUAUCGUCUAUUUUUCAACAUAUAGUUCCAGGAUUAGGUUAUCUAGAUGGAAAUAAUGAGCCAGAUAUAAAAGAGGGUGCUAAUGUGGAUCUCCCUUUUUGGCUUGCCGAAAUGCUAGUUAUUAAUAAUUUUAUUGAUAUUGAAUUUCCAAGUGCAUUUUCAGCCAAGGUUAGAAACGCGCUUAAGGCAUGUCCUCAAAAUGUUGAUUUGAGAAUGUUUUCUACACAUUAUUAUUUGUUUGGAGAAAAAAUACUAAAUUUACUUUCUGAUAACGAACUUGUAAAUAUUUUAAUUGAAACUUUUAAAUCACGUAUAUGUUUUAUCGCUGAUCAUGCUCAUAAUCCUCAUGGUGCGCUUGAAGAAGGGGUGGAAUUUCUCCGUAAUCUUGAAGAUAGUGAAAAAAUGUUUUUUCGUAUUGGUCAUGAUAGUACUAAAGAUAUGAGAAACUGGUUAGAAAAGUCAAAAAUUCAUUAA